CAAACGUGUGGCCGGCGAGACUUCAAUCAUUAUCCGCCGGUGGGCGUCCGCGUCGGUCAUCCGACAUCGCGGUCCCGCCUGACGUCUGCCCGUACUCCUCCUCAGUCAUCCCAUGGCGCCACAACUGCGUCAUCCCGCGCCCUUCACAGUCGCAGCUUCUAUUGUAGUAUCACUACAAGUAUUGCAUCUGAACGCUCCACACUCAGAACUCUCACCUGACCCUCGGCGAUCGUGCGGGUAAGUGGCAGCGGAGAUUGAACUUCUCUCGAAUUCCAUGAUCUCCGGUUUGAAUUUUUCCGCUCCCAAAACUGGAUAGUUUGCAACCCCGAUUGUGGCUGGAACUAUGUCGGUUUCGAUGAACUCCACGGUUGCGAAUGGAGCCAAAGAUGUCGAGAUACUUCCUGCAAGAGAUGAUGUUCAUGGAGGCGUGGUUGUGAAUGUUGUGGAGGCCAUGGAUCCUGCUCUCUUUCAUACCUUGCUUGUAGCUUCCAUGUCGCAUUGGAAGAAGCAGGGGAAAAAGGGAGUCUGGAUAAAGCUGCCCAUUGCAGUGACAAAUCUAGUUGAACCUGCUGUCAAGGAAGGAUUUAAGUAUCACCAUGCGGAACCAGAUUAUAUCAUGCUUGUUCACUGGAUACCUGAAACCCCCAGCACCAUCCCUGCCAAUGCAUCGCAUAGAGUUGGUGUUGGUGCCAUUGUCUUCAAUGAUAAAAAGGAGGUACUUGUGGUGCAGGAGAAAAGUGGCGUGUUUAAGGGAACAGGAAUAUGGAAAAUCCCUACUGGAGUUGUUGAUGAGGGUGAGGACAUUUUCACUGCAGCGAUUAGAGAAGUGAAGGAAGAAACUGGGAUUGACACGGAGUUUCUGGAGAUUCUAGCAUUCAGGUCUGUAAUCGUGCAUCUGAUGGCCAACAUGUCUUCAGCUUUUGAAUUAUAUGCUGAACCUUAAAUAGCGACAUUUCACUCAAAAGAGCAGGAAGCACACAAAGUAUUCUUCAAGAAAUCAGAUUUAUUCUUCAUCUGCAUGCUGCGUCCACUUUCAUCCCAGAUUCAAAAGCAGGAGCUAGAGAUCGAGGAUGCCCAGUGGAUGCCAUUCGAGAAGUACGCAGCUCAGCCAGUCGCACAAGUCCACGACCUUUUCAAGCUUAUAGUUGAUCUGUGCUCAGCAAAGAUGGAAAGCAAUUACGCGGGGUUUCCCUCAAUACCCUUGAGCUCAGCUGCAAAUGCCCCGGCAAGUCAUCUGUACUCAAAUCUCAGGGAUCUGGGUUUGUCAGGUUCUGAUGAUCAUCCCCAGAAAGCGGUUUAGUUAUCAUCUACUUCUGCUUAAUGUGUUGUAAGAGAAAAACAAAUGAAUGAUCUAAUGAUCUUUACGUCUCCUUGUCUUGUCCUUUCUUCUACUCUUGUAAGAUAACCCCAAAAGUACACCUUAUCCGCACCUGUUUUAUUUUGUGCAACAAUGAAAGAAGUUACGUCAAACUUGUAGGCCACUUUAUCUGUAAACUUGACAGGUGGUCUGCCAUGCGGCACAAGAGCCGAACCAUGGGAGGGGAUUCUUCAAGAAGAUGGUUCAAAACCCACUACCAGAGAAGACCGGUUCUGGAAACAGAGGUACUUUACUUUCUUCAUCACUUUCCCCUUUGUCUCAGCCGCUUCACAUUCCCUUGCACAGAACCCACCAACAACCAAAAUUUCUGUACCCUGUCCUCUCCUUUUGUCAUCAUGAAGUGGGGACAACAGAGUAACAUGGUGGUGGGAAGUAAAAACCAUGGCCUACUCGUUACUAUGUUGGUACUAGUUUUCUUUAGCCAGAAAUGUCUAGGCAGUAGGAAAGCCAACUGGGAUGUUGUACCUCCCGGUUGCAUCAACUGCACCAUCUGCCCUUAUGCCUGCCACCCUCUCAAUCCGCCGCCACCGUCGCUUGACUACCCAACCGGCGGAGUUCCACCGCCUCCGCCGGUGCUGCCUUAUCCUUCAGAUAUUGUGCCACCGCCACCACCAUUGAAUUGCACAACUGUACCAGUCCAGUGCUGUCAAUAUCCUACUAGUGGUACUACUCCGACCAUCACCCCUCCCGUUGGGUAUGGGUACCAGCCUGUUGAUAAUAACUCUGCUCCUCUCUCACCCGUCCACUUCAUUUCGGUUAUGGUAUUGUUGUUCUCCAUUGUUGCUCUGCUCUAGCUUCUUCAUCGAAGCUUUUCUUUCAUUCCUGGUUUGGAUCAUCUGGAAAACGAGAGUACUAUCUAUCUAUUCUCUCCAGCUAAUAAAGUCCUUCAAGAGGGCGCGUAGAACUGUUCCAAUGCGUACACGUUUCUGCUGUAAUUGUAGAACUAAUAAAGCGUUUAUUUCAGUGACUGAAUUCUGUGUUGUUUAAUUAUGUAUGCGUUGCAUAGUUGAUGGAGGUUGUGUCGGUGCGACUCGGUGGAUAUAUGAAUCUCUGUUGUAUUGGGUUAAUUUUGGCUCUUAGCCAUAUUGCUCGAAGGUCCAGCUUUAUUUAACGACAAUGGAUGUUGACGUAUAUUGGUCCAAGU